ACCUGUCCAACAGUGAUCUGGCAUCUUAGGAUAAGCACAGCUGUUCUAAGUGUUCUCUUGGUCAUAUUGUUCAGGGAGCUGUGAAACAACACCCCCAUUUCUAAACCCACUGGAUUAUGUCUUUAAACAUUGCCAUGACUGCCACAGCACACCUCACCUCCAUAUAAUGGAAUAGUCUCCCAGGAAAUUUGCUGCUAAUUCACCCUUAGAGGAUACACUCUUCUUUCCAAGCCUCUACAAGUAAGAGGGGGGGCUGGGGCAAGGACUGAGCCUAAUGACACUAAUGCCCAGACCUCUGUCUGCCAGUAGCCCGCUGGAAGAGUGCCCUCUGCUUAGGAGACUUUCCUCUCUAGAGCAGCACAGGGGAAAUGAAGAGGAACAGAAAAUGAAUAUCUCAAGUUCCACCUACAAAUACAGGAAUGAGGAAUUGAAGAGACAAUUCUCACACCUGCCGGAUUUGGAAAGACUCGUAGUAGAUUAUGCCUGUGCCCUCCAGAAGGAUAUCCUCCUCCAAGGACGCCUGUACCUCUCAGAAAACUGGCUCUGUUUCUACAGCAACAUCUUCCGAUGGGAGACCACAAUUUCUAUCGCUUUGAAGGAUAUAACCUUCAUGACAAAAGAGAAGACAGCUCGGCUCAUCCCAAAUGCCAUCCAGAUUGCCACUGAAGGGGAGAAGUUUUUCUUCACUUCGUUCAGUGCCAGAGACAGAAGCUACCUCAAUAUCUUUCGAUUAUGGCAGAAUUCAUUGUUGGAAAAGAGACUGACCAAGCAAGAAUUUUGGCAGCUUGUACAGCAGAGCUAUGGCUCUGAGUUGGGCUUGAACACAGAAGAGAUGGAAAACAUUUAUUCAUCAUCUGAGGAGAAUGGCCAGUCAAGAUCUUCUAGCCUUUGUGAUGAAUCCAGGGAGAAGGAGCCACCUAAAGCAGCUGGUGUAAUUCGAGAACCCAUUGCUCAGAUACUUGAAGCUGAAACAGAGUCUCUUAAUGGAAACACACUGACAGAAGGGGCUGAACUAGAGGAACCUCACUAUGAUAAACAGGAUAGGAGGAAUUCUCUGCGGAAGCCUGCUGAUGUAGCACAACGCAAAUUUUCAGUACCGUCACCGGAUCUAAAUGAGAAUUUCUCUCAGGAGAAGAGCAGUGCCUCAGAAAGUGAUGGAGAAGCUGAGGAAACAGUCUCUGAGAGUGACCUCCAUGGAAAACUCUUUAUUAAUCGGGUUUUCUGCAUUGGUGCAGAUAGGCUGUUUGAAAUGCUUUUCACCAAUUCCCAUUUCAUGCAAAGAUAUCUUAGUACCAGAAACAUAACAGACACUGUAAUAACCCCUUGGAACAGAGACACUGGAGGCAAUCAGUUGAGGACCAUGACUUACACUCUUAUGCUUAACAACCCAUUGGUUGGAAAAUUCACUGCUGCAACGGAAAAGCAGGUCCUGCAUAAACGGAGCCACAAAGAUCAGUCCUAUCGAAUAGACACAGAGGUGGUGACACAUGAUGUGCCUUACCAUGAUUACUUCUAUACUGUGUAUAGUUAUUGUAUUUCUCGCAUGUCCAGUAAAAAAUGCAGACUACGGAUUUCCUCAGAUGUGAAAUACAAGAAGCAACCAUGGGGGCUUGUCAAGAAUAUAAUAGAGAAGAAUACAUGGGGUGGGAUACAGGAAAAUUUUAAACAACUUGAAUCAGAAUUGCUCAUGGAAGAAUAUGAAAUAAACAAACCUAUAGAGGAUCCAGUGAAACUUGGUGUCCUGAGGAGAAGGAGGUGGGCUUUACAGCGGAAUGUGGGAGAGACACUUACCAAACACUCUUCGCAGUACUCUUCUGGGGACACAGGUGUGCCUUCCCAUGGUGAUGGAGGACCAAAAAGGGAUGCUGGAAGUAAGACCAUCACCAUCAUAGUGGUAAUGAGUAUCUUCUUGCUCUUACUGGUUUUGCUGAAUGUGACAUUGUUCCUCAAACUUUCUAAGAUUGAGCAUGCAGCUCAGUCGUUUUACCGGGUUCAACUUCAAGAAGAAGGAUCUGUAAAACUUUGGCUGCAGUUUGAAGCACAUAUCCUGCGAGGAAACUCCUGUUCAACACAUUUAGCCCUAAAUGUGGCAUCAAGAGAUAAAAAAGCUCAUCAGGACACAGAUCAAGUUCAGCAUGUGAAACGGGUGCUGAGGGACUCCAUAGCAUUGCUUCAACAGCUGAAGAAUUCCCUUUCUAUGCUCCAAAGUAGCUUUGAUCAUCUAAACAAGACCAAAAGCAAGAAGCCUGAAGGCUGAUGGCACCAAAGGAGAAUGACAAUAUUUUGUAUUGAUGGUGAAGCUGCUCAUUCUUCUCACACUUCUGCUCAGUAACCAUUUGCACACCUAAUAAAUAUAUCUAUAAAAUACGAUCAUUUUUAAAUCUGUGAAUCCUCCUGAUCCACUUGACAUCUUCACAAUUUCCUCAACUGCGAAUGUCUGGUGUGAAUGAAUAAGAACAUUGUGUGGUCUGGUAAUUAUGUGAUGUGCAAAUUGUAGGAAGAGGCUUCAGCAAGCAAUGUGAUAUGUAAAAUAAAUGUAAACUGGCCUCGGAUCUGAUGGAAAGAUCAUUAAUCAUUAUGAAAGAUGCAACAUAGAUUAUCUUGUGGAGGUUGCUGCGCAAUGGUUCUCCAUAUGCUCUUUUUCCACAUUCAUGCAACAAUUAUUCAAAAGUAAGCUGUUUUAAAGAUCUGUACAUACGUUCUAGAAAUCUAGAAAUCUGAAUUUUCCAUACUGAUUGUUCUUUGCUUCUCUGGGUCUUCUGCUUUACAAGUCAUAACAACCCUACCUCUUUCUACUACUGUUGUUUCAGCUCUCGGGAUUUCUCAGGAAGUGUCCAUACGUGUAAAUAAAUUAUAUUUAAAAAUGGCCAAUCCCUGAACAUUUUAAAAAGACAACCAAUGUGUUCAUCUGUCUGAUAUACUAAGUACAUGAGACUUCUUUGUAAAAACAGGUUUUAACAUUUUACAGAGUUCAAGGCCUGAGAAUCCAUUUGUCUUUGGGUCAUGUGAUAUCUAUUUUGUAGUGCAGAUUAAGACCUUAACUGUGCUUUGUAAGUAUCAUGAGACACAAAUUGCCUUUAUCUGUUGUAGUCAAGAACAAUGUUGCAAGCCACUGAAGAACAAAUAAUAGGUUUUCUAAAGUAAAAUAGAAGUACUGUGCUGUAUAUUUCUUUGUUCAGUGGAACUGACCAUGUUUGUCACUUCUAUUUUGGGAGUUUUAAUUUCCACUAGCUUUUCAUCAAAAGUGCCUUUAUCCUUGUUUGUAUAGGAAACUAGCUUUAGCAGUUGAACUUUACCAAGGCUUUAAAAACUGUUCAUGUACAGUGUAAACAGAAAUGUAUUGGUGUAAUAAGUGUCAAACUUCUACAUGUUUCCUUAGAAUGUGUGUCUUUUUAGAGCACAGAAAUUGUUUAUAAAUAGCUGAUUGGAUUGGAGAUAAGUGAAGGCACUUUCUGUGAUUUCUCUGAAAUCCUGUAUGCUUUUUGUACUUGAAAUGAACACCACAUUGAUAAUUUUAUAUAUUAAGUAAAAUGAAGUUGAACAUUGUAUAUAUAAUAUGUUGAGAACUAUGUAACCAGUUGCUAAUGUUUCUGUGAAUAAAUAUGAAAAGAUCG